CUUAGAACCAUGCAGCAGCCCGAGUGCGAGCCCCUCGCCUACCACGACGAUAUCACUCCUCCCAAGCCUGAAGACGUCAAGCAAAACAAUGAUGAGAGCGAAGUGCAGCAGCUGAGAGAUCGUUUGGCAGCACAGGAGCUGUUGACACAGCAGCUACUAAAGCGCGAACAGGAGCGAGAGACCGAACGCGAGUUUAUGAAGAGGAGCGUGCUGUCCUUACAGCAGGACCUUCUUCGUCUCAUGAACAUCGUGGACCUGCAGAUGCAGAUCCCGUCCAUGCACAUGCAGAUGCAGCUUUCGCCUAUGGCUACAGGCGUCGAAAUGGCGUUUCGAGGACUCUCGCCGCGAUUCCCAGCCAGAGGCUGCAUCGGUCCAAGUCCAACGGGACACAGAGUAGCCAAGAAGCGAAAUGCUGAGAGUGACGAGGCUCAAGCAGUGGCGGCAUUGGUCUCGCCUGCACGCGAUGCUGCGAUGUUGAUGGACAUGUCACCGCAGAGUAAGCGCGUCAAGACGUCGUCCACGUCCAAUAACAAGCUGAGUAAACGUCAGUGGAGCCCUGAGGAAGACGAAGCAUUGGAGCUCGCCAUUCAAUCAACGGGGGCCAACGAUUGGUCGGCUAUAUCUCGACUGCUGCCUGGGCGUUGUGGGAAACAAUGUCGGGAGCGAUGGGUGAACCACUUGAGUCCGGCAGUGAACAAAGAGGCCUGGACAGAGGAGGAAGACGAACUCAUCUUCACGACACGCGACCGCAUCGGCAAUCGCUGGGCCGAGAUCGCUCGUUUGCUGCCUGGACGGACGGACAACGCGAUCAAGAACCGCUACUACUCCACCAUGAGACGCCAGGGGCGUCAGCUCCGUGGCAACAAGAGCAGAUCCCCGGACUCAAUGUCCGAGACCUCUACAAGCGCGGCUGAACUGCCCAUGGAAAACAUUUAA